ACGUUGCUCGUUACUAUCGUUGCUAACACCGAAUAUGGAUUUUACCGGAUGAAUAAUUAAUAAUAUCUUUGAAAAAUUUUACGGCUUAUUUUAUGAAUAAGCGGGUCUAAAUUUAGAAACUGAUUUAUUUUUAUAAUUAUGCAUAAAUUAAGAUUACUUUUCAAAAGUGGUAACUUCAGAGGUCGUUCCUGACGUCUGCUCAUUCUAAAUAGCUUUAUCCCUGUCACACUUUUUUUCCCUCGUAAAUAUCGAAUAUGUUUAUUGGAAUUGCAUAUCGUUAUCUUUCAAAACUAUUUCAUAAACACGGAAUACAUGUAUCAAAACAUACUUCAUGGUAUUUAAUCGUGCCUGUCUUUAUGACAUUGUUAUCAGCCACAGGAUUUCAAAAGUUCUCUCACGAUCUGGACGAAGAGUCCAUAGUCCCAGCCGGAGGAAUUAUCGACAGGUACAAGUCGCAUUUGAUGCAAUUGUUUCCCAUAGAUCUCGCGUCAAACUUCGAUCCCGCAAGAUUAUUGCACGUCAUUCAUUACGGAACCGUUAUUGCCGAAGCGACGGACGGAGGCUCCAUUCUACGAGACUUCGUCUUUCGUGAAAUUGUCACUUUGGAUCGAGAAAUUCAAAAGUUUUUUGUUGAAAAAGACGAAGGAUGGAACUACAAAGACAUUUGUGCUAGAAAUAAUGGAAAGUGCUACGAAAAUAAAAUUCUUCGUAUAAACAAUGAACUGGAAGCAUUGAAAAACGGAACAUUUCGGUUGAAAUAUCCAAUUGGCGAUACGAGCAGAAAUUACGACGUUUUAACUUUGGGCGGCGUGGAACUGAACGAAGAAGGUUGCGUAAUAUCUGCCGAGGCUGUUAAAUUGUUUUAUUUUCUAGACGAUUCGAAUAAAUGGGCGGAAGAAAAAGCAAUAAUGUGGGAAAAUCGAUUCGUAGAUUUCUUGAAUAAAGUGAACUUUUCUCAUAUCAAAAUAAGUAAAGACGUGUCGCUUUCUGUGAACGAAUCUAAAAAGCAAUUGUUCCUCGCUACACUAAAAUAUAUUCCGAGUUCUGCAUUCUUGAUGGUUACGUUUACCGUUAUUAGUUGUUUAUGGCCAGACUUUCUCCGAAGUAAACCGUGGACCGGAAUCAUGUCGUCGAUUGCCACUGGAAUGAGUGUAAUAUCGGGUUUCGGCUUAUUACAGUAUGCGAGACUUAAGGUGUCUCCGAUGGAAAUGAUGAUUCCGUUUCUAAUUUUAGGUAUUGGCAUGGACGAUACAUUUGUCAUGUUAUCAGCGUGGAUGAAAACCGACCCAAAGAAAUCUGUGGAAGAAAGAAUGGCCGAAACAUUCACCGAGUCGGGUGUUUCUAUCACAAUCACUUCUCUGACUAAUGUUGCAUCGUUUCUAGUAGGAAUAUUCAUUGCCACUAUUCCUUUGUAUAAGAAACUUUGCGUAUUUAUGGCAACGUGUAUGAUCUUCGACUAUAUUUAUCAAAUUACCUUCGUUGCAGCGACUUUAGUUCUAUGUGGAAGAGCGGAAGAACAACAUUUGCAUUCUUUGGUAUUUACGAAGCUUCCAGAGAAUACAAACUGUUUUCAGCGAAUACUUUGUUUUGUGCAUUCAGAAAAUGCGAAGAAUGAGGAGGUUCAAAAAAAUAUUCUUGCAUUUACAAAAUUAGUAAAGAAUUUCAAAGCGCUGAUGAAAACCAAGAUGACAACAAUCAUCGUCAUAUUAUUAUAUUUUACUUAUUUGGGAAUUUCAAUUUGGGGAUUAACAAAAUAUUCGUACGAUCAAGAAUUAGAUAUGAAUUUAAUUCUCGACACAUAUCGCUAUAAUUAUUACAAAAUAAAUGAAAAGUAUUACAAUCAAUAUAAGUUCAGGUUACAGCUGUUCAUCACCCAGGAACUCGAUUAUUCUAAUCGAACGAUACAACAAAAUGUUGAAAAUAUGCUACACACUCUCGAAUCGGAUCCUCUGAUCGCUGCAUCUUUGACCGAAUCCUGGUUAAGAAGUUAUUUAAAAUUUUUUGACGACAACAGAAUUAACUUGUUCCUUACAGGAUAUAACGUUACAAAUUCGGAAGAUUUCGUUUUCGUUCUGCAUAAAUUAUUUUUUCGCAUCCCAGAAGCGAAAAGAUUCAGACAAGACAUCGUUUUCGAUUCUUCCUCCACCAGAAUCAUUUCCACUCGUUUCUUUCUUCAAACGAACGUUACAAACAACGGAAGCCAUUUCUACAAUCAAUUCAAACACUUUCAAGAAAAGAUGAACGCUUUCCCAUUCACCAUUGUCCUGUAUCAUCCAUUGUUUUACUAUUUCGAUAUAAAUGACGCCAUACCUACGACAACAAUUCAGACUUUAGGCAUUGUGUCGUUCACCGUUUCUGUUAUAUCUGCCGCGUUGUUACCAAAUGUCAUUUGCAUCGUGUGUGUGUUAUUCAGCAUAAUCUCGGUUGGAGCGGGUGUUAUAGGUUUUAUGUUCAUUUUUAACCUCGGACUUAAUCUGACCUCUCUGUCUAUUCUUAUUAUCGUUAUUGGAUAUUCGGUCGAUUAUGCGGCUCACGUUUCCUGUGCGUACAUAUCUGCGAAAGAAAGUAGUCCCGACAAACGUUUGGAGAAUGCAAUAAGCUUGACAGCCAUUCCCAUUAUACAAGGAAGCGUCACUACGAUUCUUGCCAUUGUAACGGCGUUGAACGUUUCGGAAAAAGAAACGUUGUUAGCGAUAAAAGUGAUUAUUUUAGCCUGCGUAAUCGCUGGAAUUCACGGACUUACAUUUGUUCCAAUAAUUAUUUCGGUAAUCGAUAGAAUUUUUCAAAAAUGUCUCUAUUUGAUAUUCAAGUGGAAAAGUUCAGACGAUUUCAGUCUUAAUCAAACGGAAAAUAUACAGUCAAUCCACAGGAAUGGAUAGAAGUGCUAACAACUAAAUAAAUGUUGAUAGUUUCCAAGACUUGUAAUAUAUUUUACACUAGACUACGGAAUUCGUAUUUUAAUAUGAUUUUUUUUUCAGCAUUUUUAUGUAAUAUAAGAUAUUCUGUAAAUAAUCUCUUCAAGGAUAUAAAUAUUAAAUAGUAUAGUCUGGUAUAUCUAUAUUAUGAAAGACGAAGACUUUUCCAACAGCUGUUGUAAUAAGUUAAAAAUAAAUAUUUACAGUGCUUUUUACUAUUUUUAUCUCAGUUCUUUUUAUAUUUUACAGUAUUUACACUCACUGUGAGAUUAUUGGAUCAUGGGAUUAAAGUGUGACUUUUCUAUUCUGGGAUCCAAAACUUCAUUGACAAACACUUUUGUUUUGUCUAAACAUAUAAUUUUCAAAAAUAUGCAGACUGAAGGCUUUCGGGUUUCUCUAGUUUUACAUUUAAAAGUGUCGAACUUGUCUAUGUCAUCGAUAAAGAGAACAACAAAACAUCAGACAUCCUUCUUAAAUAAAAUCUGAUUCUUUGCAAUUUUCGGAAUCUCGUCACACCUUACCUCGUCAGUUAAUUCCACCUCUUCGGAGUAUGUAUCUACGAGUGAAAUUUUCUAAAUAAACCAAAAUAAACUAAAUAAACAAAUCCUCGAAUUUGUGAUUAAUUUUCUUCUAAACGUGCAAUCAACGCGGGUCUACGCUUGUGUUAAUCAAGAUCAUACAAUAAAACACAUAUAAAUUGACAUUUGUUUUCUUUGGUUGAAUUCAUCACCUCAACUCUGAUGUAAUAAAUUGUAAUUAUUGUGUCAAAUGUAGA